AUGACCAACGCGCCCAACCGCUUCGACCUCUUCAUCCUGGGUCCGGAUGAGAAGCGCGUCGAGAUUGUCGAGGACACGCGCAUCCCCAACGCGGCCACCUUCUACUUCAACAAGGAGGACCACACGCUGGGCAACAUGCUUAGGCAUGCCGUGCUCGCCAACCCCGCCAUCCUGUUCUGCGGGUAUAGAGUACCACAUCCUCUAGAACCCAAGGUGCUCGUCAAGAUACAGACCGACGGCUCCCUCACGCCAACAGACGCGCUCAAGCAAGGCUGCUCCAAGUUGAUAGCCCAGAUAGGCGACCUCAAGCAGGCCUGGCGCACCGAGGUGCAGAUGAGCGGCGCAGGCACCGUCGACGUGGGCGGAUACGGCGGCCGCAUGGGCAUGGACCCCUACGACCAGGGCGGCCGCGGCUAUGGCCUCGACGGAUCCGCGGGCGCCGAUCAGGCCAGCGGCUACGUCGACAUCUGA